UGAUUUUCUGGUUAUGACCUUUUUUUGGGUUGGAGUUAAUUCACAAUGCAGUGAAGGAUGUGACGCAUUAGCUUCAUACUAUGUCUGGGGUGGAUCAACUCUCACAUUCAUAUCCUCCAUGUUGUCGACUAAUAUCAGCGAUAUUGUUAGUUACAAUCCUCAAAUUACCAAUCCAGAUAUCAUUCAAAUGGGCAGCAGAUUAAAUGUGCCCUUCUGGUGUAGUUGUGUAAAUGGUGAAUUUAUGGGUAAUCAGUUUCCCUUUCGGGUCAGGCGUGGAAACACUUACCUAAGGAUCGCGGAACUUUAUUAUUCAAAUCUCACAACAGUUGAAAUGUUGGAGAGGUUUAAUAGUUAUAAUCGUACUGGAAUACCAGAGAAUGCACAGUUGAGAGUUACUGUGAAUUGUUCAUGUGGGAAUAGCCACGUGUCCAAGGAUUAUGGGCUAUUCAUAACAUAUCCUCUUCGCCCUGGUGAAAGUUUGUCUUCAAUAGCCAAUGAGUUUCGCCUUCCUGAGGGGUUGUUACAAGAUUACAAUCCUGGAGUGAAUUUCAACCGCAGUAGUGGUUUGGUUUUCAUUCCGGGAAGAGAUCGAAAUGGAACUUAUCCGCCAUUGAAAUCAAGUUCAACUGGAAUUUCAGGUGGAGCCAUUGCUGGAAUAUCAAUUGGAGCAGUUGCAGGAGUAAUAUUUUUGGCAGUCUGCAUCUAUUUUAUAUUCUACAGAAGGAAGAAGGUGAUGGAAGAAUCUAUUCUCAAUGACCAAGGCAUAGAGAAUACACCCGGUAAUUGGCAUGAUAUAGCUAUAUUUGGUCUCUCUGUGUCUCAGCAAUACUAA